AUGAACUCCACGACAUCAGCGAAUACACCCGAGAAUCCUCUGGGAGGCUCUGCGAACGGUAUAAAUGGCGUCAAGUGGUCGCCGCCCUCCAAUGCUCCAUCACAAACCCCGCUGAUCGGGAGCUGUAUCCAUUGCCGCCGGCGCAAAGUUCGAUGCGAUAAACAAUCACCUUGUGGGAACUGUGUGAGGUUUGGCACGGAAUGCGAGUUAGCCCCUCGAAAGAGGGCUCCUAGACGACCUAGGAAGCCGGUAGAUGGGGGAGAAUAUACAGGCAGAGAGCUGGAGUUGAUGAAGCGGCUGAACAGCCUGGAGGGAAUCGUAAAAGAACUUAGCAGCCACGUCGAUACAAACGACUCGAGUCCUGCCAAAUCUGCCGACCCAAUAGAGAAUGGAGAGGAUGUUCACAUUAGAGCUGUGGGGAGGUCACAAACUGCACCAUCAGGUCUGAGGAUACCGGAAUCAGGAGAUGUUGUACCUGUCGAGAAAAGCAUGGGGACUCUGAUGUUGUCAGAUGAAGGCAAAACUCGUUAUGUUCAACGAAACUUCUUUUCUCGUCUGACAGAUGAGGUGGAUGAUCUUGUUCAAUUAUUCUUCGAUGGCGAUCGGGAAGAGGAUGAAGAUAUUUCUUCGCCUGAGACCAGCUCAGCAUCAAACGACCGGGAUCACCAAAGCUUCGUAUUUGGGUAUGCUUCGACACAGCUCAACAUGAGAGACUUACACCCCUUGCCCUCCCAGUUACCGUAUUAUGUGCAGAUAUACGCGGAGAAGGUUGACCUCCUCGUCAAAAUUCUGCACAUGCCUACCGUUGAAGCUCUCUUCAAAGAUGCGCAAAAUGAUCUGAAUUCCUUGAGCCGAAGUUCAGAGGCUUUGAUAUUUGCUAUCUACUUUGCUGUGAUUACAAGCAUGUCUGUUGAAGAAGUCAAAUCGAAUUUGGGAUUUGAAAGGAAAGCCAUCUAUGACAAAUACCGCUUUGGUACUGAGCAGGCACUUGCUCGAGCCAACUUUCUAGAUACCUCAGACUUGACUACGCUUCAAGCCUUUGUUCUGUACCUCGCCACAGUCAGAUGUGAAGAUCAUACCCGAGUUCCCUGGGCUUUGAUGCGGUCUGCGGUCGGAGUUGCGCAAUCUAUGGGCCUCCAUAGAGAUGGAAAUGUUUUUCACCUCAGUCCAUACGAUGUGGAGAUGCGUCGUCGUCUAUGGUGGCAGCUGUGCAUUCUAGAUUUCCGUCUCUCAGAGAAGGACGGAUCAGAGACGUGCACCAUGGAUAUAUCAUUCGAUACGCAACGGCCGCUGAAUAUCAACGACUCAGACCUUCUACCUGAUGCGCUUGUUGCUCCAGAGCCACGAGUUGGCCUUACAGAUCUCUCGAUUGCACUCAUCACUUGCGAGAUCAGCUCCGCCGCACAUAAGCUACUGUCGUAUCGAAGCGAUGACGGAGUUGCGCAAGUUUCCGGGAAAGAAGAACGAAUACGAAAAUUCUGUCAAGUUUUGGAGGAGAGAUACGUCAAGCACUGCACAGAUUUGACCCCGAUCUCUUGGAUGGUCUCAAGGCUUUGCAAGCUCGUGAUCUGCAAGCUGGAAUCGAUGCUUCUCCUACCCCUGACGAGAACCGAAUCUACAAAUCGGGAUCCAGAGUCGAAAGAGCUGUACGACAAGAUGUUCCUUGCCAGCAUUGAGGGCGUUGAGCUUCGACGAGAUCUUGAAGCCGACAUAACCAAACAAUGGCAUUGGUAUCUUCGUACGAUCAUCCAAUGGCAUGCAAUUGCAUACUUGCUUUCAGAGCUUUGUGUAAGGGAGCCUGAUGACAAUGUGACUCGAGCCUGGAAUGUGCUGGACCUCGUUUUCCAGGACUACCGAGAAAUUCAAGGCCACGGCGCCCCUGGAAUGCUGAUGGCACCGAUGAAGAAGCUGAUCGCCCGAGCCAGGCAAAAAAGAGCCCAGGAUCUGGAGAAAUUAAGGGCGGCCGAAAUAACAGCACAGACAAAUGGCCAGCUAGACAAUACGGCUGCUACACAAAUACCAGAUAUUCCUCCAGCUCAAGAUUUCUUCCCAGGGACGUUUGAUUUUCAGAAUGUCUCAACCCCUCAAGGACAAACAUAUGGAGACUAUCAGCAAGACUGGCUUCAGCAGCAACAGCAACAAUAUCCGACCAUGGCACCCACGCCUUGGCUGUUGGAGGAUUCCGCGUUGCAAGAUUUGGGGAUUGAUAUGAAUUAUUUGGAUCCGAAUAUGGAAUGGGAAGGAUUGAAUGAUUUGAUGAGUCAGAUGGAGCCUGCUUAUGGCUCUAAUUCUCAUGGGCCUUUUGGUGGGUGGUAA